AUGGGGACCGUAUUCAAAGACAAAAAGGAAAUAAAGAUCACGAUACCACAAAAGAUGUCGGAAGUCCGCAUAACGCGAAAAGACGACUCUGUCACAUCUCAGGAAAUCGCCGCGGCAAUUGCCACUAACGGCGACUGUGAUGUGUCAGACGUUAGGGUAGACACGAUAAAAUUCGCUCUCUGCGGUAUGGGUACAGUGUGGGCCAAAUGCCCAACAGCAACGGCGAAAAAGAUCGUAGCACUGGAGCGGCUCAUAGUCGGGUGGUCCGCCACGAUAGUGACGCCACUGGAGACCAAAUCGCUCCAGUGCUACAAGUGCAUGGAAUUUGGACAUGUUUAG